AUCCCAUAACCAUUCGGAGUCGGAUAAUUCCCUUCCAAACACGCCCUUACAAAACCCCAACACACGAAAGUAAAACAAACACUCCCCCAAGUUCUAGGGUUUCAUCUUUAAUUCUCUCUUCAAUUGAACCUCAAUUAUGCCUCAAAGACACUCAAAGAACAACAACGAUCUCGCCUACUUCACAUACGAUGAGAAGAAGAAGCUUGGCUACGGCACUCAACGCGAACGGCUCGGUAAAGACUCGAUCAAGCCGUUCGAUUCGUGCUCGCUUUGCUUGAAACCAGUUAUUGAUCCCAUGUCGUGUCAGAAAGGUCACAUCUUUUGUAAAGAAUGUAUCUUUGAAUGCUUGUUGGCCCAGAAGAAAGAUAUUCAAAGGAAAACAGCAGCUCAUGCUAUGCAGCAAAAACAAGAUAAGGAAGAAGAAGAGGAGAAGUUAGCUUUGCAGAAAGCUAGAGAGCUUGAUGCAUUUGAUCAGCAAAACCAUGGCGCGUUACCCCAAUACAGUGAUAAAAAUUAUAACAGAGAUAAGAACGGGUUCCAUGGAGCUAAUAGUGUGAAGGCCACAUUAUAUGAAGAGGAAGCACUGAGAACAAUGAAAGCAUUCUGGCUGCCCUCUGCUACACCAGAAGCUCCUUCUAAGGUAGAAGCACCAUCUACCUGCACUACCUGUCCAGAAGGCAGUGAGAAACUAAGGAUGAAGACCCUCUUCCCCAUUUAUUUUACAGAGGACACUACCGACCAAAAGAAAUCCACGUCUCUUGACAAGUCAUAUAUCUGUCCCAGCUGCAAGGUCACAAUAACCAACACAAUUGCGCUUGUGGCCUUGAGCUCUUGUGGACACGUAUUCUGUAAGAAAUGUGCUGAUAAGUUCAUGGCUGUUGACAAGGUAUGUCUGGUUUGUAACAAGGGAUGCAAGGAAAAGAAUCUGGUGCCCUUGGAAAAAGGUGGAACAGGUUUCUCUGCUCAUGGGGAUAAUCUAGAAGCCAAAGACUUCAAGCAUCUGGGAAGUGGUUCUGGCCUUGGGUUGGUUAGGCCUGCAAUGAAGACUUGAUCUUAAAUGUUAUUGCCCUUUCGAUUUUACCGGUGUCCUGCCCUUUAUAAUGCCUGUAUUUUAUUACUGAACGGCCAAAACCAUCGUAAUUGAAACAACCUAUCCGCUUCUCGACCCUGCCCCAUGACGGGGAUAGAAACAUAUGUUGCAGCUUUUAUGUAUUCUGUUCUUGCAAUUUGGUCCUUUUUGUCAUAAACUUCGUUUGUUAUUAAAACUGAACAUGUAUGGUUGAGGAUCUUGAGGGAUUAAUAUAUUUGAGGUUCUCUUCUUUUUGUGACA